AAAUCGAUUUCCUCUUCCAUGGGGUUAAGGAAUGUGCAUUUAUCUAUGGUAACAUGUGGACUGUUCUGUGAUCAUGAAUUAAGUUCGUAAAUAUGUUUUGUCGUAGUUGUAAUAUGUCAUUCAAAGCACAGUGCAUAUCGAAAAUAAACAUACUAAGACAUAUAACAAACCAGACUACGGGAGUCGAGAGAGAUCCUGCACCUGUUUUCUUUAAUGCAAAUGUUCAGCAACUCCUUAAGAAGUUGACACGAGUGGACUUAAGGACAGUUUUUCGUACAAAGAGAUAUGGUGUGGCGUUAAAAACGCCAGAAUAUAAGUUCUUGACAGCAGAAGAGCUGAAUAUGGUCAUGAAAGAGGCACAAGAAAAGGCAGAGCAGAAAUUACAGAUGCCGCCAGUGGUCAAGGCCCACGUUGAUGAACCAGAAGUCCUGUCGUAUGAUUAUGAGCUCCAGAAACAUUCAGAGACGAAGUUUGUCUUCACAGAUAUCUCAUUUGGCAUUUCUGACGUGGAACGGACGAUAGUCGUUCGUGAUCUAAACGGAGUGUUGCGGAAAGCAACGCCUGAUGAACGGCUUCGCAUGAAUGAGACUUACUUUCCCAAACCUGGAAGAAAAAUCAGAAUGCCUCACAUGUUUGAAAAGGAAUACUUAAAGCGGCUGCUAGACCAAGGCAAGUACGAAUUUGUGCUGGACCGAGCGUGCCUGCAGUUUGAGCCAGAUCAGCCAAUUUACCAGGACAUAACGGCUACAACAUACGAAGCAGUUGAUACAGCCAGACACUACAGUUCGUUGCGGUCCACGCGGCACUUCGGUCCAUUUGCUUUUCACUUGGCAUGGAACAGAUGCAUUGACAAUUUCCUGCUCGACUUGAUCCAGACAGACAGGCUUGAUGAAACUGUAGCCCUCAUCCAGUUGUACCACAUAGUUAACCCUGAAGCAGAAUCAGCGAGUGCCAAGUACAAACCUGGACUGGAGCAUAAAUUCAUUCAGGCUUAUGUGGAGUCAGACUCCAAAAAGAGGAGCGUGUUAGAGCUGGCCCUGCAGGCAAACGUAGAGCUACACAAACAAAGGGCAGAGACGGAGGCAGGGAUCCGCAGAGCACACGGUCAUGCUCGGCUGCUAGACCAAGGCAAGUACGAAUUUGUGCUGGACCGAGCGUGCCUGCAGUUUGAGCCAGAUCAGCCAAUUUACCAGGACAUAACGGCUACAACAUACGAAGCAGUUGAUACAGCCAGACACUACAGUUCGUUGCGGUCCACGCGGCACUUCGGUCCAUUUGCUUUUCACUUGGCAUGGAACAGAUGCAUUGACAAUUUCCUGCUCGACUUGAUCCAGACAGACAGGCUUGAUGAAACUGUAGCCCUCAUCCAGUUGUACCACAUAGUUAACCCUGAAGCAGAAUCAGCGAGUGCCAAGUACAAACCUGGACUGGAGCAUAAAUUCAUUCAGGCUUAUGUGGAGUCAGACUCCAAAAAGAGGAGCGUGUUAGAGCUGGCCCUGCAGGCAAACGUAGAGCUACACAAACAAAGGGCAGAGACGGAGGCAGGGAUCCGCAGAGCACACGGUCAUGCUUAGAAACCAGUGAUGGUGGGGAGACAUGGUAAUCGGAAUCUUGUGAGAUGUGGUUAAGAGUUUUGUAGUGUCUGCCAUUUGAAGUGUUUUCACUCUGAAAUUGUGACUGCUUCUCCUUCUGCCCUGAAACUUCUUUUUUGUAUCAGUGCAGCUUCUGCAGUAAACAAAUCACUGAUUAAACUAACUUUUUGAUUAUCCCUGUAAAUGUACUGGGAAUGA